AUGUCAGGAUCAGUAUGGAAUAGUAAUAGCUGGCACUGGGAAGAAAGAAAUUACAAUAAAUGGGCUGAAUCUUACAUAAAAUAUAAUUUAAGCAAUUUGAAAAUUGAAAAAGAAGAUUUAACAAUUUAUUUCGAUAAUCUACAAGUUUCAGGAAAUGCUUGUGUUUCCAUAAGAAAGGGGAAACAAAUAAAUUCUUUUGAAUAUAUUAUAAAAUUUGAAUGGUUAUAUUCAAAAAAAAAAGAAGGUAAAGAUUAUUUUGGUGGUUCGGUUGAAAUUCCGGAUUUUUCUACAUUUUCUUUAGAGGAAAAUGAUUAUGCUAUAAAUAUUGAGCGAACAGAUGAAUCGGAAAACUUAAGAUUUAUAUAUGAUAGCAUAUUAAAAAAGGAAGGCAAGGAAAAAAUUAAAGAGUGUUUAAAAAAUUUCCAGGAGGAUUUGUUAAAGCACGAUAAAAAUGAAUCUAAUAAGGAGUUAAAAAUUAAAGAGGAAGAAAAAAUUAAAUUAGAGAAUAUAAAAACAUGCAAUGAGAAGAAAACAGAAGAAGAAAAUAAAAGUAAUCAAAAUAUAAAUAAUAAUAUAAAUGAUGAAAAAAAAGAAGGUUCAGUUUGGAAUAUAAAUAAUUAUCAUUGGGAAGAGAAAUGUUUAACAAAGUGGGCUAUAGAAGAAUUACAAAAUAUUUUUAAUAAGAGUAUUAUAGAAUUAAGCAACAAUAUUUUUCUUGAAUUUUUUUCUUGUGACGUUGAAGGAGAAGCUUCAUCAAGUUUAAGAAAAAAAAAAAAAAUCUUAAUGUAUGAUUUGAAAAUUACUAGUGAAUGGAAAGCUUAUCAAAAAAAUAAAAAUCAACAAAUAGAAAUAGAAAGCAAGGGACAUGUAAGUAUAAAUGAUAUAUUGUCUGAUUUUUCUUCUGAUGAUAAUACAAAAUAUUCGUACUAUUUUAUUUUCGAUAAUAAAACAGAUGAAUAUAAUCAAAUAAAUGAUGUAAUAAAAUUAGAAGGACCAAAUAAAAUAAACCAAAUUAUUGAUGAUUUUAUUUUAAAAAUGAGAGAAAAAUAA